GGAGGACGAAGAAUUGGCUGAAGUUGAAGCAAAACUGGAUGCUGACUGGAAGGCUAGCACAGGAACAGUCAAGGUAGGCAAAAAGACUGAUGAUGAAUUGAAAAAGGAGAAGCGGCCAUUUCUCACACAGUUCUUCUCUCCCAUAUUUCUGAAGGCAUUUUCAAUCAUAUUUUUCGGUGAAUGGGGUGACAGAAGCCAGAUUGCUACAAUUGGUUUGGCUGCAGAUGACAACCCAUUUGGUGUAGUUCUUGGUGGUAUUGUAGGACAAGCAUUGUGCACCACUGCUGCUGUCCUUGGAGGAAAGAGCUUGGCAUCUCAGAUAUCUGAGAAAAUUGUUACACUCUCGAGUGGAGUUCUUUUCAUUGCUUUUGGAAUCCAAUCCUUCCUCUCAACAGUAGAGUCUUGA